CAUAACAGUAUACCCAAGUGUAAAAUGUCAGUCGUGUUCAAAUCUCUCAGUCGCACUCGUAAGAAGCUGAUGCUGGUGCGAUAUGCCCAGAUAGCAGCUGGCCCCGCUCCUAUCACUGAGCCAAAAAUAAAGACAUUUCAAAUUUACAGAUGGGACCCUGACACAUCUGGUGACAAGCCACACAUGCAAACCUAUAAGAUCGACUUGAACACAUGUGGUCCAAUGGUGCUAGAUGCCCUUAUCAACAUUAAAAAUGAGAUAGACCCCACGCUCACCUUCAGACGUUCCUGUAGAGAGGGUAUAUGUGGCUCUUGUGCUAUGAACAUCAACGGAGGCAACACUUUAGCCUGUUUGAACAAAAUAGAUACAAAUAUCAGCAAAGUAACAAAGAUAUACCCACUGCCUCACAUGUAUGUUGUAAAAGAUCUUGUCCCUGAUAUGAGCAACUUUUAUGCACAGUACAAGUCCAUUGAGCCUUAUCUUAAGAAGAAAGAUGAGUCAAAACAGGGAAAGCAACAAUACCUUCAAACAAUUGAGGACCGUCAAAAGCUGGAUGGACUGUAUGAAUGUAUUCUUUGUGCAUGCUGCAGCACUAGUUGUCCUAGUUACUGGUGGAAUGGAGACAAGUACCUCGGCCCAGCUGUGCUUAUGCAGGCCUAUAGGUGGAUGAUUGACUCUCGGGAUGACUUUAUAGAAGAGCGUCUCUCCAGAUUACAGGACCCUUUCUCCCUUUACCGCUGUCAUACAAUAAUGAAUUGUACGAAGACAUGCCCCAAGGGACUCAAUCCUGGAAAAGCCGUAGCAGAAAUUAAGAAAAUGAUGGCAGUUUAUAGAGAAAAUAGAUCUCUUAGCUAAUUUUGUAAUAUAGGAAAUGACACUGGUUUAUAGUUUAUAUUUAAUUAUUGUGUUUGAAUUAUUGUAUAUUACAAACAUACAUUUUUAACCUAUGUUGUCUGAUAUAUGAAAAUAUAAACAGCAAAAACAGCCUUCCUUUUUGGAUAACAAAAGUAGAUCUGGAAACAUUUGGACAACAUUUAUAAUGAAUGAAUGAAUUAAUGAAAGAAUUAAGAUUUUGCAUGUUUACUUCUACCCUACUUACUUAAAGUUUAGUAUAACAGCAUUGUGAGUAUUUUGACACUACUGAAGGGAUGCUUGUGAAGUUCCCAAUUUCUAAAUCACUUUGAAUAAAAGUGAAU